UUGUUUAUAAAGUGAAUCCAUGCAGAAUCGAAACUUUUUUAACAUUUGAUUAUAUUUCAUCCACAAAAUAUGAAAUGACAUCGUACGAGAAGAAUUUGAAAAACUUCUCUGGUAGAAAUAUAUUGUUUACAUCUAUAUUUGCAGGAGCUAGUGCAGGAAUUUGCGUGGAUACAAUUUUAUUUCCAAUAGAUACAAUAAAGACUAGAUUACAAAGUCAGCAUGGGUUCCUACAAUCAGGUGGAUUUAAAGGACUCUAUCGUGGUUUAUAUCCAGUACUUAUAGGUUCUACGCCAACAGCUGCACUAUUUUUUGUUACCUAUGAAAGUACCAAAGUAUAUGCACAACCUUUGGUAUCCGAAAGAUACCGUUCUCUAAUUCAUAUGGGGGCAGCAUCGCUAUCAGAAAUGGUAGCAUGUAUAGUACGUGUACCAGUAGAAGUUAUGAAACAAAGAAAACAGGCUUACUUAUUGGAUCAGGGUAACUUCAGUAUGAAGUUUUUGUAUCGUGGUUACUGGAGUACAGUAUUAAGAGAUAUGCCAUUUAGUUUAAUACAAUUUCCACUAUGGGAGUAUUUUAAGAACAUUUUGUCCCUUUAUGUACAAAGAGAUGUAUAUCCUUUUGAAAGUGCAACCUGUGGGUCAUUGGCAGGUGCUUUUUCAGCCGCCUUAACUACUCCAUUGGAUGUUGCAAAGACAAGAAUAAUGUUAGCUAAUAAAAUGGUACAAAGUUCCGAUCUCAAAUUAUCUACAACAUUACGUGCAAUAUAUACCAAAGAAGGAUUAAAUGGCCUUUUCGCAGGUGUUAAUUAUAGAAUAAUGUGGAUUAGCAUAGGAGGAUUUAUAUUUUUUGGAGUAUACGAAGAAGCCAAAUUAUUAGCAUUAGAUGCAUUUAAAUUUACGAACUUGUAGCAAAGAAUUUCAUCACGGUAGAAUAUGCGAAUAUUUUAUAUAAUAUGGUUUGUAUAAAACAAAUUACAAUUGUACAAAUUUUAUUUUUUCGCAUAUAUAAUACAUAUGCGUAAUGUAUAUUCUCCGAUAUCUAAGUCAUUUUAAAAGUUAAGUAAUUUAACACUUAAUAAAAAUAAAAUAAAUUUCAUAUUA